GAAUGGAGUUCAAAGACCAUCAGCUUUGAACUGCACGGGAUGAAAAAAACCAACUGAGUGUGGAAAUGAAAUCCCAGGAAGCCACAUACGUUGGGAGUUGAGCCAUUUGGAUUUUGGAGUGAUAUCACAGCAAAGAACCAACCCAAUUGAGCACAAACAAGAACUUCUGAUUUGCACUCUCUACCACAAAUAAUUUCAUUCCUAUAUUAGAACUGUAUAUGUAUACAUAAGCAAAAACCAAACCGAAAGAACUGACUUACCAUUAUUGUUUACAGGGAAUGAAGAACUCAUAAGACAUACAUUCAUCAUCAUCAUCAAGCAGAGAGGGAAAGACAGAAACUUUGCACCUGGGUAGUUGAUCAACAACGCAAAUCACAGCUCAAAUCCACAAAACGAUGACAUCUCAGUAACCCAAUUGGAGGAUGUAGGAUACUCCAAAACAUCCUGCAAACGGUUGCAAUCCAUAGACCCAGCACCAACUCCAUCCAGCAACCCAUCAAAGAAGCCUUCCUCCUCUUCGUCUUCCUUCAUUGCUCCGCCUAAUUUGCUGCCCUUGACUUCUUCUUCUUCUUCGCCUUCCACAGCAGGCAUAUGACCUUCGAACAGGGCCAUGUGCCCAAACAACUUGUCCUUCCUUGAAAAGCUAGUCCCACAGGAACACUUCCACCGCGACUCGCCACAGUGCUUCAGGUGGCUCUUCAAAUCGGCCACAACAGAGAAAUUCUUCUUGUGGCAGCGAUUGCAGGAAUACAACUUGGGGCAGUGGCUUCUCUUGAAGUGGUUCUUCACACAGAUCACCGACUUCAGAGCCCGAAACUUCUUGUGCUUCCUGUUCCUAUUGCAUCCUUCGAAGGGGCAGGAGAAUCUCGACUUCCUCGUCCCGUCGCUGGUCGCCGCCGCGGCGGGCUUUGCCAGGGCCUCCGGGGUCUUGAAUUGGUUCCCGUGGGCCCUCAUGUGCAUCCUCAGAUUCGCGUCGCGCUUGAAUCCUUUCCCGCAUAUCUCGCAGAAGUGGGCGUGCUCCGCCAGCAGCUCCACCGCGUCCAGCUCGACUACGUCGCCGCUGCGGUCGGAGUCGCCCUCUUCCCGGUCUACUUCAUCCUUCAAUUGGAACGACAGCUGCUUCUCUUGCUCUUGCUCUUUACCUUUCUUCCGAUCCGGGGGAUCGCGGAGCUCGGCAGGCAUUGGAGGCGGCUCAAUGGAUUGAGAGCAAGCGAGAAGAGCGGCGCCGUUGACGAUGGUCUGUUGGAUGGCAGAGGAGAUUUCGGAGGACACCAUUUCCAUCUGAUUUUGGCUGAUUAGUGUUUUGCCAUUGACCGAUUCAGCCAGGAACCGCUGCAACAAAUCCAAUCUCUCCCUGACUGCAGAUAAGUUCAUCAGAGGAACUCGUGGAUCGGCGGCGCUUGCCAUUCCCACAGGAACGUUAAUGGACAUUUUUGCUGAACCUAAGGGCCUUCCUCACCUUCGUUCUAGUUGUUGUUGUU